AACUUUUUUUCUAUACAAAGCAAACACGCGAAAAGGUGCCGGGAGGGCGAAUAUUUUGGAAGCAUAAUUGUUAUUCAGUGAAUUUAACCGCUUCUUGCUGAAAAGAUUCAUCAUGCCGCAGGGAAGGCGUAAGGUUCCGUUUAGCGGAAAACAGAAGAAACAACAGUUGCUAGCGAAAAAGCAAGCCAAAAGUAGCACAUCGCACAACUUAAUCCGAAACCUUAAGGAUGAAGAAUCGAGCGACAUCAGUGAGGACAGCGAUAUGCCGAGAACGUUCGGUGAGAAUAUCGAAAAGAUCAACAUGCAACCGUUGAGGGAUCCACGCAGCAAAACGAACCGGUACGUGCUGCAGUUUCAUCGGGAAACUCCUAAGGAGUUGCGUGAAAUGAAGGAAGAAGCCCGGAAGGGGCUGGUGUAUCGCAGCGAGCAGGAAAUGGAGCUGGGCGAUAACUAUUUCCAGCAGUACGAUUUUCCCACACGACCGAAAUGGUGCUACGAGAUGUCUAAAGAACAGUUGGAUGGCAAUGAGAACCGGUACUUCUUUAAAUACGUUACCAAGCUGGAGAAGGAUCAUUACGACGAUAUGAAAUCGUUAAGCUUCUGUGAGUUGAAUCUUGAAACGUGGCGACAGCUGUGGCGUGUGCUGGAGUUGUCGGACAUAGUUUUAAUCAUUGUCGAUGCUCGGUUCCCUACACUAAUGUUCCCUCCCUCGCUGUACCGGUACGUUACGGAGGAGCUUGGCAAAGGUAUGAUGCUGGUCAUCAACAAGAUUGACCUGGUGGACGCCCGAGCAGUACUAGCCUGGAAGCAAUACUUCGAGCAAAAGUACCCCCAAAUCAAGGUGGUGCUGUUCACUUCCUACCCUUCGUACAAUUUGCGCGGCAAGCAGGAAAGCAAGUACGGGCUCAAAAUUCGUCGCCGCCGUGGUCGUAUGCGCAUGGCGGCGGAAGGAGCGCAACAGAUCUAUGACGUUUGCCGUAGGUACGCCGGAGAUGAAGUUGAUUUGCGUUCGUGGGAGCAAAAGAUUCUCGAAGAGCGUAACGCUCCCAUGGACGUGGACGUGGACGAAGAUGAAAAGCUCGUGUCGGAGAGAACGCACGAGGAGGAGAAAGAUUUCGCAUUCGAGGAGCAUGUAAAAUUUAGAAACGGCGUACUUACGAUCGGUUGCGUCGGUUAUCCGAACGUUGGUAAAUCCUCCCUUCUGAAUGCCGUCAUGGGCCGGAAGGUGGUUAGCGUAAGCCGUACGCCUGGUCACACGAAACACUUUCAAACGAUCUUUCUUACCAACACCGUGAAGCUGUGUGAUUGUCCGGGCUUGGUAUUUCCUUCCUCGACUCCACGCCGUCUGCAAGUGCUGAUGGGAAGUUACCCGAUCGCGCAACUUCGGGAACCGUACGGUUCGGUUCGGUUUCUUGCCGAACGGCUCGAUUUGGUGCAGCUGCUUUCGCUGAAACACCCAGAAAACGAUAACGAUGAAUGGUCACCGAUCGAUAUAUGCGAUGCUUGGGCAAUCAAGCGCGGAUUCCUGACGGCGAAGGCCGCUCGGCCCGACACAUACCGGGCGGCAAACAGUAUUCUUCGGAUGGCACUGGACGGCAAAAUCACGCUCUCCCUUAAACCGAUCGGGUUCCAUCUAGAAAAAUCAAAGCUGUCCACUGAUCCGGAGCUGGCGAGGGUGAAAGAAAUUCAAGCGAUCGUCGAAAACGAUGGUAACGAUGAUGAGGACGAUUGCUUUUCGGACACGGAUACGGAAGAUGUGGCCGGUGUUAGCAAUGACGGAGACAAUGAGGAAGAUGAAGACGCCAACAGCACACUUUCUCCACCGAGCUGCUCACGCACAGCGAAUCCGUUCGAACUACUCGGCAGUCCAGAGUAAAGAUGAAGAUUAAUGUUGGAAUGUGUAAAUCAUGUUUUGAAUCAUACUGGUCCGCUUUUAAUAAAUAAAUAUGUUGAAGUUA